UAACCGCUGCUUCCUGACGGAUUAUGUAACAGCUCUGCACUUCAGGAACCUCCAGAAUAGAAGGACAUAUAGAGGUGGAUGGAGUAAGAGGGAAAAAAGUAGAGUGAGCAAACAAAAGGUUAACAACAGAUUAGAGAGAAAAACCACAAGAAGCUUCGUAUAAACAUCUAAUAAAUAUCACUUCUUUGAAGAAGAGAGAAGAUAAGCAUUGCAACUGGAACUUCAAAUAAAGAAGCUGCAAAGGACAGGAAAAUCUUUGUGGAGAAUCAGAUCUUUGGCAAUAGAACAAGAUGGACAAGAUGGACAAGAAGGACAAGAAGGAAGAACUCAUGAGUUAUGAAGAAGCCAUAAACAAGGCUGCCAGUUCAAUCUGUCGUUUUCCUCUGGUUGAGGUGCGAGGCGUACCUCUCAUGAACUGGAUUGCUCAAAACUGGAGCUCCAUUUGGGCUUUCUGUCCAGAUCCGUCCGAUUUUCUCAUCUCCACCUACCCUAAAGCAGGUACCACAUGGACCCAGGAAAUAGUGGAUCUGCUGCUGCAUAAUGGAGAUGCUGAGAUUUGCAGGAGAGCUCCAAAUAUUGUACGCUUCCCAUUUCUGGAGAUCACUUCUCCUCCUCCUAUUCCAUCAGGACUGGACCUAAUAAAAACAAUGAAACCUCCCAGAUUCAUCAAGACGCAUCUACCCAUACAGCUGGUGCCUGAAGGAUUCUGGGAAAAUAAAUGCAAGGUUAUUUACGUGGCUCGAAAUGCUAAAGACAACCUGGUCAGCUACUACCACUUUGACAGAAUGAAUCUGACUCAGCCAGAACCGGGUUCAUGGGGAGAAUAUCUCCAGAAGUUCAUGAAGGGAAAAUUGGGCUGGGGAUCUUGGUAUGACCAUGUGAAAGGUUACUGGAAGGAAAGAGAGAAGAAGAAUAUUCUUUACCUUUUCUAUGAGGACAUGAAAGAGAACCCUCGUCGAGAAAUAGUGAGGAUCAUGCGGUACCUGGACCUGUCGCUAUCUGAUGAUAUCAUUGACAAGAUUGUGGAGUUGACAUCCUUUAAAGUUUUGAAGGACAAUCCAAUGGCCAACUACUCGUUCAUCCCAGAGGCAGUGUUUGACCAUUCCAUCUCUAAUUUUAUGAGAAAAGGGGAGGUUGGAGACUGGACCAACUACUUCACACCAGCUCAGUCCCAAAUGUUUGAUGAGGACUACGCCAGACAAAUGGCUGACGUUGACAUUCCCUUUCGCACCAGCAUAUGAAAGACUUCAUCGAGAACCUGCACUGAGAUAAACACUAUAUUAAACAAUAUACAAAAAAAGGUAGUUUCGACUAUUGUGACACAUCUCAUCUCUUUCUCAUCAGAAAGUAUUGCUUUAUGAAGGAUUUGUGAAAACAGAACCUUAGCAAUCUCUGGGUUAUCUUGGGAAAUAACCUUAACCCUAACCCCUAACCCCAACCCCUAACCCCUAACCCUAACCCCUAACCCCAACCCUAACCCCUAACCCUAACCCAUCAAUUUUUAAAAAUCGUUUGAUGAUGAACAAUCAUUUACAGCAUUUUUGACCCAAAUAAUUAAUACAUAAGGAAUAAACAAUUGUGUUUGGUGCACCUCCUGAUGUUUUUUAUUCCUCUUAUUCAAUAAAACUUUGCCAACGAUUACAUUUUUAAAAAAAUUUAUUAAAGAACAAAACUUCAUACUUUUUUUUCUGUUUAUAGUUACAUUUAAUGUUGUAGAACGUCGGCAAAACAAGUCAGUUCCUGUUAUCACUUACAAUAUAGCAGCUAUAAACAGUCGUUUCCUCACCAGCCUCUCUUUUUUUUCUCUCUUGUGAAGUCGAUAAGACAAAAAAACGCAGCUUGUCAUGUUACAGAGAAACUGCAAAAGUGUAACCUCUGUCCUGAAGACUUUCCGCGUUUCGGAAAAGAUAAAGCUACAGCUUUACGUCUGACUGUUACAAAGCACUGACACUGGAGACUCCUUCCAUAAAUGUUAAAUAAACAUGUUAAAUAUUGUUUAAAUGAUUUUAGAA